AUGUCAGACGUGAAAGUCAAGGUUGAGGAGGGCAGCGACACCAAUGGGCACGGCACGACGACGGCCAAGAUCGUGAUCGACUUGACCGGAGACUCAGAGGACGAAGCCCCGAUCAAGCAAGAGGAACAGGCCGACCCCCAUCUUCAGGACACGGACAGCGAGUAUCUUGAGGACAGCGACCACGAGGAAUCUGGUGACGACAGCCAUCCCCGUAGCGGCCCCAGGAGGAAGCGUGCGGCGCAGGACCAGCACCCGGGAGAUGUUGAAAUGAUUCGCAACAUUGAAGACGCUCAAGACAUGCUCGACAUGUUGAAACUCGAACAAAAGAUGCUCAAAAUGCGCCGAAAAAGCGACGGUCUCGACCGCGGAGGAGUCAAAAGGCUGAAAAGCCUGGACCAACGCAUUUCCAGAGUGAAGAAGAGGAUGCAAGGAUUGGAGGCGCCUUCUCUUGGCGCCCAGCGGUCAAAGAAAUCCAAAGGCAAUGCAUCUGUCAAAACCAGGGCCAGUGCAGCCAUGGGCAACCCGGAAAUGACAGCGGCAAUGGCAUCCGGGGUGACUGCGAAGAAGAGAAAGCCCGGAAAUCAGAUGGAGAAGGAGUCGUCUCAGAAGAAGGGCAAGCGAGGAACUGCGGUAAAACCCGGGCGCCGUGGCGGGAAGGCGGCGCGGGAGAGCGUGAAACUCAUUCUGUCGAUGCUUCGGUCUAAUGACCUCAUGGCGGACGCGCAGGAGAUGGCGGAUUUGCCAAUCCUCCAAGGAAUCGACGCCACGACGGUGAAGGACCAGAAAAAGCAGCUGCAGGAACUCUCUUCAAAGGCUUCAAAAAGUGACAUGAAGCAGAUGAGGGGAGACAUGAAGAUGCUUGGCGACGCUCGACGUUGGUUCCACCGUAAAUACGACGUCUUGGGCGACAAGUAUCUCAUCAAAGGGAUGAAGACACCCCUGCCAGCCUACCAGUUUGCGGCAGCGGGCUGGAUGGUUGGAAGGGAAAAGUCGAGUGAAGCCCCUCAGGGAGGUCUGCUCGCGGACUCGAUGGGCUUGGGCAAGACUGUCCAAACACUGGCUUGCAUCUGCGGCAACCCCCCGUCCAAGGAGGACAAAAGCAAAGGGCUUAUGACCACACUGGUUGUCGUGCCAGCUAGCGCCGUUCAACAAUGGAUCAACGAGAUAUUCAGGCAUUGCGAGACCAUUAAGGCUUGCCAUUACAGGCUAUCAGACGGCAUGAAUGACGAGGCGCGCGAGACAUUUGAUAUCUGGGUUACGAGCUACGAGGAGGUGCUGCGGCACUACCCCUCAGACAGCAUAAUCAAGGCCCGCGAGCAGAACAAGGGGCUGUCGGCCGACAAAUGCGAGGAGUUGAGAGCAAUGUAUGCUGGCCCGCUGCUCCACAAGCAGUUCUACCGGGUUGUGCUCGAUGAAGCCCACGGGAUCAAGAGCCGUACGUCUCAGAGGACCAAGGCAUGCGUCUCGCUUCAAACGAAGCACUCAUGGGCUUUGACUGGGACUCCAGUUCAGAACAAGACGGCAGAAAUCUUCCCUUACAUGCAGUUCCUCAAAGUGCCACACUCCUCCAACUUUCUCGAGUUCAAAAGCAGGUAUCUCAGGAACGACGGGAACGGAGAACUCGGCGCGCUUCUCCAGAAAACUAUGCUCAAGAGGACGAUGGGCACCAAGUUCGUCGGUCAUGCUCUCUUCGAGCUGCCACGGGCUCAUGAGGCGCCACCGAUCAUGGUCAAACUCUCAGAGGAGGAGACCAUCAUAUACAGGCAUGGCCUGCUUCCUCAGAGGGUCGAAGACAUAGUCAGAAGAUUUGUCAGUGCCGAUCUGCAAAACAACGCGAAUUCGUCCGAGGACGACUUGAUCCAGGGCGCCGCAGGGACUUCUAGCCCGGCCCAAGACAGACCGGGACCCUCCGAGUUCCACGAUGGGCCGCAAGGCAAGAAUUGGAUGAUCUUGGCCCUGAGGCUCCGUCAAGCCGCUUCUCACCCCUUCCUGCUGGAGCACCUCAUGAAGACGGUCUUUGGCCUCGAGGACAUCAAAUGGCUGAUUGAGCGUCUCAAGUCCAUCCAAAACAAAACACCGUUCAUUACACAGAUCGGUCGAUGGUGUGAGGAGCAGCUGCAACUCCGGCAGGGCCCUGAACUAGCUCAUCAGACCGCGACCACGGGGACGGAUCGGCUCGAUUUCACCGGGAAAUUUGACAUGGUUCCGCACCUGGAACGCGUCAUGAAGGAGAUGGAAGGCACCAACCAGAAUCUCUGCCGAAGAUGUGGCUCUAUCCCGGACGAUGGUUUCGCUCCAGAGGAUUGCAUCGACUCCCUUCUGGCGGCAGACCCGGCAGCUGGGCGCAAGCGGCAAGGCUGCCAGCACUGCGACACAUUGAUCAGGAACAUAAGAAAGUCGAGAGACCGCAGCCGGAUGAGUCGCCCUGCUGAGACCGCCGGUAAGGCGGGCUGCAGUUGGAAAAGCCGACUCCCUUUGAUGAGGCCGAGGGGAAGGGGAGACGAUGUGAAUCGCAUCCAACCGCAAAACGACAAAAGGUCCGGGUUUCUUGAGGCCAGCGACAUGAAGCUCGCCGACACCCUGCCCCAAAGCGCAAAGACCACCGUUCUCCAGAACAUCGUCUUGGAGUGGUGCGACCUCUACCCAGGUGACAAAAUCAUCGUAUUCACCGAGUUCGUCUUGCUGGGCCGCCUCGUUGGGCGGAUGCUCCAGGACCACGAUAUCGAUUUUCUUUACUACUUUGGCAGCAUGUCCCACAGCGAGAAGAACAAGGCGGUGAACGACUUCGCCAAUAACGAGAAUAUUCGGGUCCUGAUCGCAUCGAUCAAGUGCGGCGGACAGGCGCUGAACCUCACCUGCGCCAACCGCGUCAUCAUUCUCGACCACUGGUGGAACUCGGCCGUCGAGCAGCAGGCCUUCGGCCGCGUCUACCGCAUGGGCCAGACGAAGGAGACGUACUUCGCCCGGAUCAUGGCCAAGAACACGAUCGACGAGCGGCUGGUCCAGAUCCAGAAGGACAAGCUGAAAAUGAUCUCUCAAACCAUCGAGGACCACGAUUCGUCCAAAAACGCCAUCAGCUUCGAGGAACUUGUUUCGCUCUUCGGACGCCCCGUGCGCGACAAGUCGGGCAGGAUCAUCGGCAUCGAGCCGGACUACGACGAUGAGGUGGACGAAGACGAGGAUGGAGAUCUGGAGAAGGACGUGGACGUGGACGACAGCGGGGACGAGUCUAGCGGUUGGGAUUCGUCUCGUGAAUGA